GUUGUCAAGAGACUCACUUAGCACCAACAACAUAUCAAUUGCGUCGACCCUGGUUCAUUCCUAGACAAGAUACGGCGUACAGCGUUCACUAUGACUUCUUCUUUCGAACCCUCAUUGUCCACUAGCGGCAUGCGUCCACCUCUCACAUCACCAGAUGCACCUUCUAUGGCGGAAUCCCUACCUAGUAUAAACUUUGGCUUUGAGGAUCUGCGUAAUCGCAUGGCCCAGUUCACUGCACGGUUUGAUGCUUUUAUCGAGAGGGGCAGGAAACAAAUACUGGAGGAGAGAAAUCAAUUCAAGAUCGGUUUGGCUGAGCUCCAAGAGGACCAACGAAUGAGACAGAGAGACAUCGAAAUUCUAAAUCUUAAGUCACAAACUCAUGAACAAACUCUACAGAAAGAAGCUGCCGAAGCUGCCGAGAUGCAUGCUACGAUCUCAUCUGUAACUAUGGAACGCGAUUCUCGUCUUUCUAAACGAGAUCGUCUUAAGCAACAAAUAAACGAGACACAGAAGGCUAUAAAUCAGAAAUUAGAAGCUCAGAAAGCUCACGCCCGGCAUCUUGACGCACAAGCUCGCCUGAACAUACCAGAACUCGAAUUUUGGCAGGACUAUCUAUGUCUUCGAAUUGAGGGAGCUGGGCGGGAAGAUCGCUUGAAAUUCGUGUUUAGCCACCUCCUUGAGAAGGACUGGGAAGCCGAGGCCUGGUUUGAGCUUGGCACCUCCAGUCGCGACUACGAAGUGUUUCAUACCCGGCCCAAGGUGGACAGGGAUGCUCUUGAUAGAGAGCUGGAUAUCUUGAACGAGGAUCGGGACUUUGGCGCUUUUUUAAAAAGGAUGCGUCGACUAUUUGUCGAAAUCUUCAAAUAAAAAUAGGCAACUGGUUGCGUUGACAAGGGCUGUCCAUGCUAACUACGGAAUCGGAUUGAAUACGAAGCUCUUCAGCUUGAUGAUAUUGGUUUAUAGCUUAAAGUACACCG